GAGUCGGGGAUUUCGCUGUAAUCAUGUUCGAAGAGUAUUGAUUCCGUGAGCGCACUCCAAUUGGCAGCAUCUCUACUAUAGAGUACAGCGCCGGCGCGUCAUCCUCGGCUCACAUCGACUGAAGCGAGUUGUAAGCAAAUGAGAACAUGUGUGGCAUCUGAGAGAAAGUGAGAGGAAGGAGCAAGAAGGAGGAGUGAGAAAAGCCAAUUUUCUCAUCCCUGACAACUGGAUGUGAGAUUUGAUUGCCGGGUUAUUUUUUUUUUCUUUUAUAUAUAUAUAUUUUUUUCUUCUCGCAUCCAAGGAAAUGAUCGAUUCGUCACAUGCGCACGCCUCUUCAUUAUAAUUGCAGACAGUUGGGGUGCUGUUCAGGCUGAAUGGACUUGAAUAUGUCGCUGCCAGCGUAAUCCGUGCAGACUGGAAGAUUUAAUAAUUCACGAGGAUUUAUCGACGGCUGCCUUUGCUCCCUUAUCUGAAAUAUCAUCUGUUGCUGCAACUGGAAUGAAAAGCCCCCAUGACUGGCUGAGGAAGGCUGGAGACUUAGUGUAAUAGGAUGAAAAGGAUUGAAUAAGACAGAUUGUUUUCAACAUUAUUGCGCUGUGGUUAAAAUGGACAAGAAAUUGCUGUUAUUUUUAUUACUCCUCUUAUCUCUACACACAAGGUUGUGAUUUUUUUUUUUUUUUGGGAUUGAUGAUGAUGGUGCUACUCCAGUGAAAUCCCUCUGAUUGAAUCUGACUGAGCUUAAUAGCUGUAUUACAAGCAGAUUCCAACGUGAAGUGUCGCUAAAGACAGUUUUGUCCCAUCCUUUUGUUUUUUUUAUUUGAAUAUAUUUCCCAUUAAAGGGAUAAAUGUUGAUGAUGGAGGACGACGAAUUGGACGCUCAUCAGGUUGAUCCGGAUUUCGAGCCGCAGAGCCGGCCUCGCUCGUGCACCUGGCCGCUGCCAUGCCCCGAGGAUUUCCCCGGCGGACCAGAGGUGAGCGGGGGUCUCCCGCUGGCCGGCAUCAAGGUGGAGCCGGAGGACGUCCCGGCGUGCAGAGCCGGGCUCGCUGGAGGCAAUCCGGCGGAGCUGCAGCACCCGACCGGCGCCCCGGCACCGACUGGCGCGACUCACCCGUGCCUGGCCGGCGCGGCGCUCGACGUGACCGGGUCUCUGCGCAAAGCCAAGUCGUCUCGUCGGAACGCGUGGGGGAACCAGUCCUACGCGGAUCUCAUUACCCGCGCCAUUGAGAGCACCCCGGAGAAGAGACUCACUCUGUCACAGAUCUACGACUGGAUGGUCCGUUAUGUGCCCUAUUUCAAGGAUAAAGGCGACAGCAACAGCUCAGCUGGCUGGAAGAACUCCAUUCGACACAACCUUUCUCUCCACACUCGAUUUAUCCGGGUCCAAAAUGAAGGGACAGGGAAGAGUUCCUGGUGGAUGCUAAACCCAGAUGGCGGAAAGAUGGGCAAAGCCCCAAGAAGACGAGCAGUUUCCAUGGACAAUAGCACUAAAUACCUUAAAAGUAAAGGCAGGAUCAGGGGCAAGAGGGUAGGUCGUCCUGGAAUUGGAGGAGGAUCUGCUGUAAGGGGGCUUCAAAGCUCCCCUGACCAUGGCAGUCCCUCACGUAAAACCCUACCAGGACCCGGCAAUGCAUCUGGAACAGAUGGAGAGUUUGACGCUUGGACUGAUCUUCAUUCUAGGGCUAGUUCAUCAGCUUCCACCUUAAGUGGGCGUCUCUCACCUAUCCUUGCAGAGGGAGAACCAGAGGAACCAGAGGAAGGUGGCCUCUCUUGUUCUGCCUCCCCUCACCUUUAUCCGUCCCCGACCAGUGCUCGCUCCCCAUCUAUGGGAGCGGGAAAUCAUUGUCCUCCACUUGAGCAGCUGCCUCAACUGGCUAACUUAGCCGGUGCCAUAAGUUUGGAUGAGCAGAUGAUGGAGGAUGGCUAUCAACAUCAUUGUCCACAGCAACAUCAACAACAUCCUCCUGUUGGAAGGAAUAAGCACCAGACUCCUGUGUAUCACUACAACUCUGGAAUGAAGGGACAGGUCUCCUAUGGAGGAGGAGUUUACAAUACAUCAGGGAUGGGUAUACUCCGUCAUCACUCACCAUUGCAGACCAUUCAGGAAAACAAGGCUACCACUUUUUCUGGAACCAUGCGGGCAUACUCAAGUACAAACGCACUGCAAAGUCUACUGACAGGAGGUUCUGCUGUGCAGCAGUACUUUUCUAAAGACCUUAUGUUGGGGCAGGAGAGGGAAGGCCAUCCUAUGAUGGGUCAGACGAGUAAUGGAGUAGGAUCCAACCACCACAGCCACCAUCCUGUGCACAAUAGUGGAAUUCAUAACCAUAACAGAACUCACAAUCACACUCCUGGUCACAAUCACAAUAGUGUAAGCAACCACAAUCAACCUCACAGCCUUGCUCACAAUGGUCACAGUCUCAGCCGGAGCCAUAUCAACACACCACCCCGAGCAGCAGCCCUGACCACAUGUGGAAACAGUAACCAGUUACAGACUUACAAUCACAAAGCUCCCUACCUGUACAGCCCACCAUCCCAUGCUCAUCUUCCUGCUUCUACAACCCUCCCCCCAAACCCAGCAGGUAUGCUUGGCAUGCCUCAAGACUCCUGUCAUGUGGCUUCCACCCCACACCCCCGUCAUAAUCAUUACCCAGACUCACAACACCAAGGCUUGAACAAUGGACCCUACCACCAUGGCCAGGGGAUGGGUAAUGGCAGUGUUGGUAGUACCUACCAUAGCUAUCACCAACCCUAUCCCCAUGAUAGAUUACCAGCUGAUUUAGACAUUGAUAUGUUCCAUGGUAGCUUGGACUGUGAUGUGGAGUCCAUCCUUCUACAUGACAUUAUGGACUCAGGGGAGGAAAUGGAUUUUAACUUUGACUGCUCCCUCGCCCAGGGGGUUGGAAUUGGCAUGGGAAUGGGAAUGGGUGUGACUAUGGGCAUGGGAAUGAGUGGUCUGGCUGGUCCACAGCAGGCCCACAGCAACCAGAGCUGGGUCCCUGGCUGAAUUCCAGAACAACAUCUCCAGGACUGCAACCCAACUUAUGAAGCACUGUGCUCAAUUAUGACAUUCCUGACUCUGAACAAAGCCUACAGGACCAAGCCCCCCCAUGUCUUAUUUGUUGUCUUGACAAUUGCUCUAUCACCCCUGCUCUUUUUAUCCCCUUCUUACUGAGAGAUCUAGUUCAUGUCAGAUUAAUUUUUUUCUUGAAUCAGUUGUACUGUGAUGACAAUCUCUCAGCUGUGCUUGGCCGGCAUCGCUUCUCAUUUACCAUGAGAACUGAACUCUGAAUGCACUUUAUCGCAAGUGGGUCACAUCUCACGGUGCAGUGCCUUCACAGAGCAGCUCAGGCAGAGCUUGACUUGUUUUCUGAGGUGGUUGCAGCAUUUGACAGGAACAAACAAGGAACACAACUAAUAAAAGCGUCAGAGGUAGGAACCAAUAACUAGAUUUUUUUCAGUUGUGGCAGAGACCAAUCGAAAACACCUUUAGGCAUGUUGAUUGGACGUUGGUUGCCCUGAUUCUGUUUUAGGUUUGAACAUGCUCACCCCUAAAAUAUUGUUUUUCUUUUACUAAAUUUAAAUGAUUAUUUCAACCAAAAAUACUUUUUUGGAAUAUUUGUAAUAUAGUUAGGCUAUAUUUUGAAUUAGUUUUCAGUUAAAUCAUUCAAAAUAAAUGUGUAAUACAUUUGCAUAUUCUUAGCUUCCAUCUGACUAUUUUGCUGCAGCCAUAUUAUUUUAACUUCCCACAGAUUAUUGGGGGUUACAUUUUCUCAAAUGUAACAUGUAAAGACCUCAUUAUCAUCUGUUACAAAAGACCGUCCUAAUGUCAUUACAUGCAUGCCAUCGUUAGUGGCAAGCAUGCAAUUUGGCAAAUUAAAAAUCUCAUAUCACCUUGCUUCACCUGGGUUUUUUGCUCCAGCAUGCCCCCGCCCCUGUCUGGUGGUGCAGACUAAGUGACCAUUUCUCACAUCAAGCCAUUAAUGUGGCUUGAUUGAAACUCAGCAUCUUGCUUUUAAUCUCCAAAGUGAUGCAGAGGCAAUGUGUCAUUAUUGAGAAUUUAACAUGUUGUCCUUCCUUGCUAACCCCUGGCUGUCUUUUAGCAUAAUGCACCAGGAGCUUUGAGACAAAACAGUGAUUAACUUUAUGUCACUCUGCCUGCUGUCCUGCUCUGAGAAGAGCCAAUGUCACUGUCCGCUUUCCCACUCAAAGAGGGUACAUAAUAGAGAGGAAAAAGCCUCUUGUUGCAGUGGGAUCAGUCAGUCUCAGAUUUUAUGCUCUUUAGAUCAAUGUGUGUGCUAAAGAGUAGUGUACUCACGUCAUAAAUCAUCCCCAUAAUUUGUGCUUUGCUCCUAUGUUUACAAAUCUAAUAACCUGAUAUUCAAGUUCAGGUGCAAAGGGAUUUUUUUAACGGGAUAGGUGAGGAUUUUUUUAAGUGAGGUUCUGUUAAAAUGGUGAAUUACUAUUAUACAUUCAGAAUAUUGCUUUGUUUGCAUUUUAAUUUUGAAUAAAUCAAGUUUUGAUUCCAAAGGCUAAAGCUAAUUUUAAGCCCAAAGGGGACUUUUGAUUUAAAAAGCACUUCUUUCUCAAAAAUGCCAUACUGGUUUAUGCACAAGCUGUUUUAUGAGCCUUUAAACAGUCGUCAAAUUGGGAUAGGUCAAUUAUUUAUACAAUUGCUGAUGGUGUUUUUAAGGUAAAUGAUGGUGGGAAGCAGUAUGCCAUCAAUGAUCUUCUGUGUAAAACAAAAGGAAUGGAAUUGUGAAAUUUUUGUUUUUGUCAUAUUAGCUAAUCUAAUAGGCUUGGUAAAAAAAAAAAUGUAUUUUUGCUUUUUACACCUUUCUUAAUUUUAAUAUUUUAUUGAUAUCAGAUCUUUCUGAAUAGGUUACACUGGAUAAGGGUCCAGCUGAUGGCCCAAAGGUCGAUAAAAGUAGACGAUAGUGUCACGUUCCCAGAUCAGUUAAUCAGAAUUAUUACUAAUCAAAGACCCAGUAAAUGUUGUGCUGGCAAGACAGGAACUGAAUACAGAAGUAUAACAGAACCACACUUCUAAAAUCUUGAACCACCUUAAAAAAAAAAGCAGGUAAUCGGAAUACUUAAACCAUAAAAUGAGGUUGAAAUCCCAAACAUUUAUCCAUGUCUAAUUUUUGAGUGUUUAUUCUGCUGUCUUGUAGUUGUUGUAUUCUUUGAAACCUAAGGGGGAGAAAAUAACAGGACUUGAACUAUCAUACUAUAAGAAUUCAAUCCAUUGGUGAAAGAAUGAUGGUGUAGUAUGAUCUUCAUGAGAUUCAAUGCCAUGCACCCCUCUCAUGUCCUCUGCUCAGUCAUUUUGUUGGUGAGGAGGUGUUUCUGCAGCUUAUUUGCCUUCGGCCUUGGGAGAGCAUAAGAGGAAACUCUUAUUCUCUACAUCCCUCAAGAAGAUUCCCCACUCUUUGCUCCAUACAGUCAUAAAAAAGAAAUAAACUAAACAAAAGAUUGUAGGAGAUUGGAGGGAGUAGGGGUUAUUUUUACAGCCAAAGGUCAAGCAUGGCACAGACUAUCAGACCCAUUAUUGAGGUAUAUUACAUUUAUUUCAGGCUUUUUAGUUGCCCUGGUUCCAGUUAAUCUCUGUGGAUAAUGCGUGGAAUUUUAUAAGUUCUGUGACCUCAAGAAGCAGUUCUUUUCUAUCCUAUGCUACAGAUGGUUAGCAAUUCCCUGCUAUUGGAAAGAAAGCUAUAUAUGAUGUCUAAUUUUCUGAUAUUUAUUUAUGAAACAGAUCUGUCUUUGUCAUUCCUAACUGUGAUAGUUGUACAAGUCCAAUGUCGUCUUUUUUAUUUUCUUUUUUUUUUUAAUGACCCUGUCCUUUUGCCAGUUUGACUGAUUUUUAUUUUGUAAAAUCUCUCUCUGUCUAUAUAUAUAUACAUAUAUAUAUAUAAAAAAUGUACAUUAGUUUUUAAAAAUCUCAAAAGAAUUAUCAGUUUGCUGUCUAUUUC